AUGCUGUCAGCUGAAGUGCUGAGACAAUCCUGCGAACCAAUGACGAUGAACGCGGCGCUCGGAGCCCGGGAGGCAGAUCAAAAUUCUCCGUUCGGCAGCUACCUCUCAUCCGCCUCGUCAAAUAACAGCAGCUACGGAGGCAUGGGAGGGAAUGGAGGAGGACUCUUCGGAGGAAGAGGAAACUCCUCGGCCAGCGUACCCCUGAACGAGCCGGUCUUCGUGAACACCACCCUGACGGCGUCGCAACGCCUAGACCUCUACCGCCAGCUCGUCUACCCGCCCUGCGAUGGCGUCCCGACGCUCCAGCUUAGCCGA